GCACUCGUUCUCUCUCCCUUUUCCCCUUUAAUAAUCUGACUCUUAAAUCUUUGGGUUGGAGGUGUUUCCAUGGCACUAACUGUUAUCCAUCCCUACACAAAGCUUCCCCUUUCCCACACCCAGCUACCAGUGAAGGCAAAGGAGGCUCACUUCUGCGUGUCCAUGUUAUCUGUUGAAAAGGACCAGCUACCCAAAGUCCUUUUUCUCUUUUUCCCCUUCCUUUGUGUCAAGUGUCUAAUAUUAUAGCGGCAUGGCUCUUAAGUGACAGCUCUUGUUUGUCAGCGCCGAGUCAGGCAUCGGGAAAACAUCAGUCCUGCACUGCACACCUUGGAUUUUUGUAUCGUGACUGAGAUGAUUGUCUUCCCAUGUGAUUCAGCCUUUUAUUUGGUACUGUCCUCCUUUUUCCCUCAUUUAUAUUUUGAGCUGGCAUUUCUCUUCAUGGUAAGGUUGUCCAAUAUCAUCAUCAUCAAUGAAACCAGUAUCUCCACAACAGAUACUAAAGGAUCAAUACCCAGCAGACAAAGAAAUGGAGGAUUAAAUGAGAAGACCCAAUAAAAGUAUACAUGGAUUACUAAGCAGAUGUUUCCCUGUCCCUGAGAUGGAAGUGCCAAGCAUCAAAGACUUUCAGUGGAAAACCCUAGCACCUUUGCCCAGUCCAAGAGUCUAUUCUUCCCUGGUAGAGGCUGGUGGACAGGUGUUUGCCAUCGGGGGCUGUGAUGACAAUGGUGUGCCAAUGGACAGCUUUGAAGUGUAUUCCCCAGAAGCAAACCAAUGGAAUUCUCUGCCUCCAAUGCCUACAGCCAGGGCUGGGGUGGCAGUAGCUACACUGGGCAAGAGGAUAAUGGUGAUUGGAGGCGUGGGAGCCCAUCAGAUGCCUUUGAAGAUUGUGGAGAUGUACAACAUAGAUGAGGGCAAGUGGAAGAAAAGAAACUCUUUGAGAGAAGCCUCGAUGGGCAUUUCUGUGUCAGUAAAAGACUACCGAAUCUAUGCAGCUGGUGGAAUGGGAGCAGAUCUACGUCCUCACAAUUAUAUGCAACAUUAUGAUAUGCUUAAAGACAUUUGGGUGUCCUUGGCAACCAUGCCUACACCCAGGUAUGCUGCCACCUCCUUUCUGCGGGGCACCAAGAUCUAUGUUCUGGGUGGAAGGCAGUCCAAGUAUGCUGUGAAUGCCUUUGAAGUCUUUGAUAUUGAGACCAGAUCUUGGACCAAAUUCCCCAACAUUCCCAGCAAAAGGGCUUUCUCCACCUUCGUUUGCACAGAGAACAACAUCUUUAGCCUUGGGGGGUUGCGGCAGGGCAGAUUGUACCGUCAGCCCAAGUUCAUGAAAAAUGUGGAUGUUUUUGACAUCGAGCAAGGGGGCUGGAUGAAGAUCGAUCGCUCAUUUUUUCUGAAGAAACGACGGGCAGAUUUCGUUUCUGGAUAUUUAAAAGGAAGAAUUGUUGUUGCAGGAGGACUAGGAAAUCAGCCAACUGUUCUGGAAUCUGCUGAGGCCUUUCACCCUGGAAAAAAUAAAUGGGAAAGUUUACCACCUAUGCCUACUCCACGGUGUGCUUGCUCCACCAUUGUGGUAAAAAACUGCCUUCUAGCAGUAGGUGGAGUGAAUCAGGGUUUGAGUGACGCAGUAGAAGCAUUAUGUGUCUCUGAUUCCUAGCUGGUAUGUCAUUGGAUGCUCAUCAUUCACAGUGAUCUACAGACCAAGAAAUAGUUUUGCAGCCUUUAAAGCUGGGCCAGUGUCUUCAGUAUGUGAAGAGUUUUCCUUCACCAUCUCUUGCACUGCCUUGCUUUCCUCUAAUUCCCUUUGUGAUGUCCUUUGGAGACAACAAAUUCUCGCUCCAUGUAGCUGCACAACUUUGUGGUUCUGUCAGCUGGCAGAAGCUCUUUCCUAGGAUGAUGUCAUUUCUGCAAGCAUUAUGGAGCACCACUGACUCAUGAGUUUAUAGGGCACUUCCAUUGUCAACUCUGAAUGGCUGAAAAUCAGGCCAGUUUUGUAAUGGAGUAGUCAAGGUUCAUAGCCUAACAAGAAGUUUCAUCCAAAGAUGAGGAAGCAUAUCAUCUAGGACUGUGAGAAGAUUUUGCCUUCCUCUGAAAUAUCAUGUACUAGUAACAGCUGUUGAACAAAAUCCUUAAGAUUCUGUGCUGGGCUUUUCCAAAUACUUUUUGAAAAGUAACAAUGGAAACAACGAAGGGAAUCUCACAGAGCUAGAGUGCAGUGUGCCCCAGCGUUCCUGAGCUCUUAAAUACUGCCAUUAUGGUAAUGAAUUUAAUGUUUUUCUGUGGGGAAAAAACUUGAAGAGUUCGUAAUCUUCAAAAUUCCCUACUGUGGUAUUGGACAUACAGGCAUUCAAAACAUCUUGCAUGAAUGUCUUCCAAUCAUGCAGAUUAUGAUAUUGAAGUCACCUCAAUUUGUGUGAGAGCAACAAACAUAUUAGCAGUAUAUUCUGUCAUUAGAAUAGCAGUUUGUUUUGUCCAAGGGUCUGAAAACAAAAGGUUAAAGGUGAAGAAUCAAUUUCAGGAGAAGAAUGCCUCUGUCCCGGGAACCAAAAUAUUUCUCCCUUCCAUGAGCCUUCCUUCCUUCCUUCCUUCCUUCCUUCCUUCCUUCCUUCCUUCCUUCCUUCCUUCCUCCCUUCCUCCCUCCCUCCCCCCCUCUCUUUGUGUGUGCAUCUAUCUACCAUUCACACAUUCUUCAACUUCAUUGUUGGUUCCAUCUAAGGCACACAAGGUGUGGUUGAGUUUAAUAUAAUUUAUGUCUGAGUAGCAGGGAAGUUAUGGACUUGGCUCAUAGCCACUUUCACAUGUCCCAUGGCAACAGUAACACUUGGGUGCAGUCUUGCCUGUCUUUUUUUUUUUUUAAAAAAAUCUGUUUCAUAUAUUGUUUAUUUUACUUAACCUGUAGGGUGAAAUUGUCAGUUUGAUUAUUGAUCAGUUCUGGUUAGUUAUUAACAAGCAACACAAUUAAAAUCUAUGUUCAUAUUGUAACUUGAAUAAU